AUAUAUACUUGCACACUAGUGCAUUUUCGAAACUACGCAUCUGUGAAGUUUUACAUUUGUUCAUACUUCUGAGUAUUGCAUGCAAAGUACACGCUCACGCACAUCGUAAACACGACAUGGGGAGAUACUCCAUGUGUGAUCGUAUCUUGAAAAGAUUCCGGGUCGAAACAUUGCACCUGCUACCCUCCAAGAGCUAGCGGCACAGAGGAAAGUCAAACAGUGCCCCUGCCCGUCCUCCUCUUGCUUGCAGCAGCAAGAAAGAAGCAGCCCGUCCCCCUACACCUACACCCUCCCAAAAUGCCAGGAUCACAAAAUAUAUUGCAAGAAUCAGCAACGACACACGGCAAAUCUACCAUCCCGACGUGCACCGGACUGCUGAGCCACAACCACGUUAUACCCUUGGGGUACCAGCAGUACUUCUUCUACCUACGUAUCCAUCCAGCACAAACUUACAGCUCGUAUUGACGAGCGACUCCUCUCUCAUGCUCCCACGUAGCAUGCGUGGUGGCGCUGCUGCUGCUCCACGGUCCACAUAGUAGAAGUAGAGAGAGAGAGAGAGAAGAGAGGAGGGAGAAGGACAGGGAGAGGGAGAGGGAGAAAGGAGCAGAGAGAAAGAGGAGGAAGAAGAAGGCAAGAGGGAGGGAGGGAGAAGGAGAGUGAUGGAGCAGAUGCAGCACCAGCAGGAGCGGGAGAGGGAGGUGUACAGGGAGUGCCUGCGCAACCACGCGGCGAAGCUGGGCACGUACGCAUCCGACGGCUGCUGCGAGUACACCCCCGACGACGGGCAGCCGGCCGCGCUCCUCUGCGCCGCAUGCGGCUGCCACCGCAACUUCCACCGGAAGGCAUUCCUCGACGGCACGGCAUCUCCCGGCCAGGCCGCCAGCCAGCACGCGCCACUAAUGCUGCCCUCCCCCGGCGCCCCGCCGGGAUACAUGCACCACCACCUGGCAAUGGCCGGGCCCUCCGGGGUCGCCACGGGCGGCGGCGACGGUGGCGGGUCGCACAGCGGCGGGGGCAGGCGGCGGACGCGCACCAAGUUCACCGAGGAGCAGAAGGCGCGGAUGCUGCGGUUCGCGGAGCGGCUGGGGUGGCGGAUGCCCAAGCGCGAGCCCGGCCGCGCGCCGGGGGACGACGAGGUCGCGCGCUUCUGCCGGGAGAUCGGGGUCACCAGGCAGGUGUUCAAGGUCUGGAUGCACAACCACAAGGCCGGUGUCGGCGGCAGCGGGGGCGCCGGCGCCCAGACGUCGUCGUCGACCACGCGUGGCGGCGGGGGUGGGGGCGGAGGUGGAGGUGGAGGUGCCGGGGGCAUGUCGCCGGCGAUGGGUGGCGACGGUGACGGCGACGACGACGAGGAGGUGAGGGGCAGCGAGAUGUGCAUGUAGUACUUCUUCCUCUACGUGUAGUGGGAGGGAUGGCAUGGGCGCAUGGCUAGGCUGGGAUAAUUUAACCCUUCCUUUUUCGCUGAUUUCUUCGGCAUUUUUUUGCUUCGACCUAUUGGUUCUUGACGAUGAGAUUAAUUGUGUUUAACAGUGAUCCUAAUGGUGUGUUAUUUUGGUAAUUAACUCAUUGAUUUUGUUGUUA